AGGGUCCGCAGGUAGUUCCCACAUAGAAAUCGAAGCAGAGCGAAGGAGCGUCGUGUCUCUAAGUACUAUAGUCGCGACGUGAAUUUUCUGGUGGACUUCGCUUGAGAUGAGAAACGAUUAUUGACCACACUUCGCGUAAUUUUCUUUCGUGCAGCUGCCACCGACUUUAUUCUCAAUCAGUGCAGGACAUCCUCCUCGGCGGAGUUAUUGAGUUUACUCAAGUUUGAUCGAACAAAUCAACAACAUGCGUAUUUUCUUUCUCCACCCGGGGCAGACGGUUCCGGACGAUGCCACGAAUCCUCUGACCGACCUCGGACGGGAGGAGAUCGCGCGCGUGAUCGGGCAUUUGUGUGACGUGGACUACUACAAAAAAUGCAGCAAUUUUACUUCGAACACCUCCCCGACGACCAGCAGUCCGCAGGAACAGUACAAAUUAACUGCAGCGGCAAAUUUCUACGCCCCGCCGGGCGACGAGACGCACGUUCUGGUGAUUUACCACGGGCCAGGGAUUGCUAGUCGAGAAACCGCCGAAGCCGUGCAGGAGCGGUGCUUGCGGGAGGGCAGUUUCGCGGACGCGGUCUGCCUGCAACUUCUCGACGCAGAUCCGGGAACUGAGGCAGCAGCGCUGACCGCCGCGCAAAAGGACUGGUGGGCGGAUCUGCUACGGACCAAACCCGCGAAGGAGCGGAAACCGCGGUCGGAUGAUGCGCUAGCUUCUCCGGGCGGAUCACCGAUUCGGAUGCUGUCGAAAUCGACCCCCGUGCCGACGGCAGUCGGACCCCUCGUCGAGAUGAAGGGAGAAGGCGGAGUGCAGUCGCCCAGCAUGAGUGCGCAGGUGUCGGUAAAAAGCAAAUCUGGUGCAGCUGCAUCGGCGUCGAAAAAAUCUGCCUCCGAGAAGAGCAAAGCUGGCGGAGGCGGGGAAAUCGCAGAGCAGCCAGCCGAAGGUGUAGAAACUGCUGCUCAAGCUGACGAGAAGAAAGAAGGAGCGGAUGAUGUUGAAGUAGCUCCGGGAGAGGACGACGAUGGAGCAAAAGACAAAGAACAAGCGAAAGAAGAAGCCGGAGGCACAGCUGAUGCUGCGAAUGCGGAACAAGAACCAGAAGCUGCAGCAGAAAAGCCGGAGGCCGCGGAGGGUGAUGAGGCGGCUUCGAAGAAAUCCGCAAGAACGAAUCAGUCGCAAAAUAAAUCUGCCGCCGGGGGAAGUAGUGCGAAACAAGCCGCGAGUGCCCCUGACCAGUCGAACACCAAAGCCGCGCCGCCAAGUACUAGUGCGAAAAAUAAAGCGAGCACCAGUCCCGCGUCGAAAAAAGAAGACGGAGUUUCCUCCCACGCGGAUCCCCCGGUCGCCAGUAACGCCGCCACCAGCGUGCUUUCUGCCACGGACCUGAUGAAUCUGCAAACGAAUUUUCCGCCCAAGUCGCCCUCCCGUCGGCCGAAGGUGGAUCCGGAAAUUCUUUCGCGGAUCGGCAGCGCAAAGUUUUCGGUGCUGUUCGUGGUCGAAGAACCGGUCUUGCGGCGCAUGGUGGCGGACCUGAUUCACCACUCCAAGUCCGAGGAGAUUCCCACCGACUUCGGCGGGGACCCGCGCGUGCUGCUGCAGUUCUUGAAGCUGCGACCGGCCACGUUGCUCGGCCUGGAAACACCGUCCUACCAGGAGCAGGAGCUGCCGAAGUGGGUGCUGCUUGGAGAAAAGUCGCUGCUGGAGUUUCACUGGGAAAUCAGUUUCUUGUUGACACCCGAUUUGGUGUACUGA